AUGAUUUAAGAAGGCAUGAAGAUGAUGAGAAAAAGUUGUUUAAAUAAUUAAUCAAUAUUAUUUCUAUUUAUUUUUUUCAAAAACUAAGUUAGAAAAAUAAUUUUUUCUNAAAACAGAAUUUCAAUGAUUGAAAUUUUAGAGUCUUCGCUAAUGAACUCUUUUUAAUUAAAUAUACCAUAAAAAAAUAUCAACACUAAUAUAGUUCCUCUUUAACAGAUAUUUUUUUAUAUGAUGGCUGAAAUGUUUAGUGAUAAUUCUCUUGAAUAUCUCGCUUAAUUAAAAAAUACAAAACGAAUAACUCGAUUUCAACUAGCAACUUUAGUUAGAAAGUAAUUUAAACAUUUAUAUAAUUAAUCAUAAUCUUUAUUUGCUGUCAAUCAAAUUUUUAAAUCACAAUAAGAAUUAUAGUACAUUGAACUCAUUGUUAGAUUUACAGAUAAGAGAUCAAUUAUUACAAAAAAAAACUUAACAAAAGCAUUCUAACACUUUUCAAAUUAAUAAUAAUAUCUAAAACUAAAUGAUAUACUCCCAUUUUUUUAGGAAAGGGAAAUCCCAUUGAAAUAGGCAUUCAAAUAGUUCUCUUAAGAAAAAAUAGAUAUCAUCUAAUUUUUUGCAUUAAUGUUUGAUUAUUUAAAAUAAUAAUGA